GUGUGUCCAAAGUUACUCAUGAUUUGAGUCAUGCAACUAUAGACGAUGAGAACGCGGAAGAUGCAGAUUUUGAUGAAGAUGGGGAGGAGCAUGACAAUUGAAGCGGUGCCAAGAGGUGAGUUUCCAGAUGACUUUUGCCCACUUCUCCUUUUGAUCUCUGCUGGUGUUCUGGAUAAGAAAAGAAUUGUCGAGCCAAUCGAAGCUUCUAAAGAUGAUCUGUUGGUGGUUCAUUCCGAAGCGUACCUGGAAAGUCUGAAGAGCAGCCCUAAUGUUGCCAUGAUGGUUGAGGUUCCUCCUGUUGCCAUGUUCCCCAAUUGUCUUGUGCAGAAGAAACUUCUAUAUCCUUUUCGCAAGCAG